AUGAAUACCGAAAGAAAAAUAGGAGAAGAAGAAUUAAUAAAAUGGAUAAGAACAAUUUUAAACAGACCUGAUUUUGAAUUUAGUAAUUUAAAAGAUGGUGAUAUAUAUUUAGAACUUUUUGAAUAUAUAUGGCCAUAUGUUAUGAAAAAAUAUAAAAGUUGUAUUUAUAUUAAUCCUAUAAAUAAUAUAAAUAAAAAAAAAAAUUGGAAUUUAAUAAAAACUAUUUUAAAUAAUGUAAAUAUAGAUAUUAAUUUUAUUAAUUAUAAUGAAAUAUGUAAAAAUAAUUUUAUAGAAUGUUAUCAAUCCUUAAUUAUAUUAUAUUUUUUAUAUUUCCUUGUCAAAAAUAAGGAAUGUGAUUUUAUUUUAGCAUACCCAAUAAAUAAAGAACUAACUAAUUUUAUGUCUAGUGACAAACCAUUGAAAUGUUUAGUAAAUUCAAAAAGUGUAAAACUUUCUGACUCUUCCAUAAAAAAUAAACAACACUCCCCAAUAGAUAAUAUGAUAGACAACAAUAUGGAUCAUCUAUACACAAACCAUAUUAAUUAUUUAAAAGAAUUUAAUAAUAAAAAAGUAGAAAAAAUAAUUUUAAAUUCAAAUAUAUUUACAAAUAAUAAUGAAAGCCAAAUUAGUGAUAAUGCCAUUUCCAACCACAAUUUUAUGAACACUCAAAAUAGUGAAUUAACAAAAUCAUUUUAUUCAAAAGAGUUAAAAAAAAAAGUUGAAGAUUAUACAAGUCGACAAAAAAUAAAAGAAAAUUUUAUAACAAACCUAGAUCAUAAUUAUAUACACAAACCUAAACAAAAUAAUCCAUCCAAUGAUCAUUUAUUUUUUUAUAAUCCUUUAAAAGAUUUUGAGAAGAGUAGCACAAUAUCGAGUCCCUCUAGUUCUAGUGAAAAGAGUGAGGUCACUCCAAAAAAAUCUGGAAAAUAUUUUGAGCAUAAUGAAAAUGAUUCCAAACAAACAAAAGCCAGCAUAUUAUUAGACAAAAUAUAUUAUAAUGAAACAAAAGAAAAAGAAAAAAGAAUUAACCCUUUACACAAUUUUAACGAUAUAGACCAACUCCCUAAAAGCAACUUUUUUAAAUACUUUAAUAUUGGACAACAUAUAGAAGAGGGGAAUAAAAAUAGUAAUAUGAUUUUACAUAAUCUAGAACAACCCUUCCCAGCAUCUACCGAAUCAUCACCAUUAUCAAAAUGUUCAAAAUUUUCAGACUUGCCAAAGUUUUCAGACUUGUCAAAGUUUUCAAACUUGUCAAGGAUUGACAAUCUGGGAAAAGGAAAUAAACUUAACUUACCAUCUCACAAAAUGAAUAGCGGAGAACAAUUAAGUUGCAAAAUUGAUGCAUCUUCACAAACUAAUAAAAAUGGAAUUUCAAAUAAUUUAUUAACUACUGAUGAGAUGAAUAGCCUUGAAGUUGUGUGGGCAAACAAUAGCAAUUAUGAGGAUAAAGUACAAUCAUGCCAUUUUAUAGAGUACUUGAAAAGACAAAUAAAAAUAUACAAAAAGGAAUUAGAUAUAAAAACAAAUGAAUUAGAAUUAACAAAAAAAAUACAUGAAAAAGAAAUUAAAGAUAUUAAGGAAACACAUCAUGUAGAUUUAUUAAAUUUAAAAGAAAAACAUGAUAACGAAAUUUUAUAUUUAAAAAAUGAAAACAUAGAAAAAAUAAUUUCCAUAAAAAAAAAAUUCGAACAUAAAUUAAAUAAUAUAGAAGAUGAUUUACUUUUAGAUUUAGAUGUUCUUAUUUUUGAAAAUCACAAUAUUAUAGAUUCAUCUGAACAGGCUAAAAAAAGUUUACUUAAGACACAUAUUACAAAACAAAUAAAUGAAUUUCCCAUGCAUUCUAAUGUAGAAAACUGUUUCGAUAUAGACAACACAUUUGAUCAUAAUGAUGAACUAAAUAAAAACGAUAAAAAUGAAAAAGACAAUAAUAAUAUAGAAUCAAAAAAUUUACUUCUAAACUUUACAGGAAGUAAUGAAAAUGAAAUAAAAGAUUGCAAUGACAUUGUAAAGGUAAACAAAACUAUUCAAAAGUCUAUUAAAAAAAUAAAACAUUUAGUUAGAGAAAAAAAUAAAGAAAAUAAAAUAAAUAAUGAAUAUAUAAAUAAUCAAAUUGUAAACCUUAAAAAUAUUAUAAAAAAUAACCAUUUAGAAAAAAUAAAAAAUUAUAAUAAUAUAGAACAAAAUAAAGAAAUCUUUCAAGAACUUUUAAAUUAUAUCGAAGAAAUACUUACAAAAAAUAGUGAUUCAUUUUCUGAUAUAGAUAAAGAAGAAUCCUAUUUAAAACAAAUUAAAAAUACUUUAUAUAAUAUAAUAAAAAACAAAAAAAAUAAUAUAAAAAAUGAUGAUAUAUAUAAACUAUUAGAUAAAAGUAUUAUUACACGUCUUAUUAUUCAGAUAAUAUUCUUUCUCGUUAAAGAAAAUAUAAAAACACAACACAUAAAAUUGAAUGUGAUGAAAAGUAUGUCAUUAAAGGAGUAUGUACAUGUUGAGACAAGUCUGAAUAAAAAAAUUAAAUUAUCUGAAACUGUACAAAAUGUUGAAAAUGUUGAAAAACAGAAAGAUAAUAUCAAUUCUAAACAACUAAAUAGUCUAAGUAGUAACACUACUAUAUUACCAAGCAAUGAAAUAAUUAAAUAUGAAAAAGAAAUAGAAAAAUAUGAAAAAAUAAAAAAUUUAGAAAAAAAAAAUAAAAAAUUAUUAUCUAUUAAUGAAUAUUAUAAAAAGAAGUUAGAGCAUACUGAAAUAUGGAAAAAGUCCAUCGAAAAUUUAAAAAAAAAAUUCAUUAAUGAAAAAAAAGACACAAAUAUAGAGCCAUCACAGGGAAGAGCUAAAUCAGAUGAGACUGACAAAGACUGUGCUAGUCAGUUGAAUUGGGCAGAGUUUCCAAAAUUUUAUUUAAAAAUAUUUGAUGAGAGAAAUGAAAGUGAUGCUGAAUUAAUGUUUCUUUUAAAACAGUUAGAUAGAUGUGAUAAUGAACCAAUCGAAUUUAAUAUUUUUGAUAAUAAUACAACCGAAAUAUAUAACAAGAUUAAUAAAUUAGUUACCGAAAAAAAUGAAAUAGUUGAUAGUGAUAGUACUUUUUUAAAUAAGAACAAAAUAGAGAUAGACAAUUUAAAUGAAACUGAUAAUAUGAAUGUAUUAGAUUGGGAACAAAAUAGUUCUGAAAAAAUAAAAAAAAAACUAACUUAUUUAUUUUGGAAAAUGUUAGGAGAUAUAUAUAAAUAUAGAAAUAUUAUUGAAGAAGCAUUUAAUUAUGUUAAUAAUUUAAACAUAAAGUUUAAUCAUUAUGUUUUAGAAAAUGAAGAACGAUUUAAAACUUCAAGAAAUUAUUUUGAAAGUUUUAAUCAAAAAAAUAUAAAUUUAUACUUAUCUGAUAAAUAUAAAUUAAGAAAAACAAUAGCCAUAGAAAAAUUAAAUGCAAAUAUUUAUAAAGACAAAUAUAUAGAUCUGCUAAACAAAUGGGAAGCAGAACGAAAAAAAUAUUUUUUCCUUAUUAAUAGUUGUCAUGAAAAUGAAAGUGUAAAAUAUAAAUACACCAUUAACCAAUUGAAGAAUACUUAUUUUAAUUUAAAAAAAUAUCAAAUAAGAGAAAAAAAAUGGAACCAACUAGCCAAAUUGCUGGCGACCCAAAUUAAUGCACCCUCCACUCGGGUCGAGCACAUGAUUAAAGAUGUCUGGGUCGAAAUACUGGCUACAGAUAGUCUGGAAAAUGAGGCAGAAAAUGUGACCAAAAAUAGGACGGAGAAUGAGCCAAACUCUGCAUUGGUAAAAAACCAAACGAACCUACAAACAUUCCAUCGUACAGGAACUGAGGAAAAUGACGCCAACAACGACACCUAUUUGCUUUCUAUACUUGAAAAUGAAACACAAAAAGGAAAUUCACUAAAAGAUACAGAGACUCCAAUAAAGAAUAAAAUAAAAGGAACAAAAUUAGUUGCAUUACCUCAAAAAAUAACAAAUAAAAAUAAUGAUAAAACAAUUAAACAAAAAAACAAUUCUGAUCAAAUAAAUAGGAAUAAAAAUAAUAUAAUAAAUAAAAAAAAAACAUUUUCUAAAGUAAAAAAAUAUAAUGAACAAUUGAAUUUUUAUAAAUAUGACUUUAAUACUUGUCUACAAAAUAUUCAAAAUAAUAAAAUAUGGGAUUUAUCUUCUGAAAAUGAAGACAAUAGUUUAGACAUAUGUAGCGACAUAAAGCUAGCUAAUAUCGAACAUUGCUUAGAUAGCAUUUCUCUAAAUCAAAAUGAAAAUUUGGAUGUUUAUAAUAAUGAUGACAAUGUAAGCAAAACAGUUUAUGAAUCCAAUGAUUUGACUAGUUUGAGUGAUGAAAAAAAAGGAAAAAAAAAUAUAAUUUUUUUGCUAAGUAAAAUGGCAAAAGAAUCUUGCAUUAUGUUUCAAAACAUUUUAAAUAUAAAAGAAAAUGAAUUAAAAGAAAAAGAAGAUAAGAUUGUAAAUCUAGAACAACAAAUUUUAAAAUUGAAACAACAAAAUACUAAUGACUGCAACAAUUUUCAACGUUUAGAGGAUGAGCAAAAAAAUUGUGAAGACCAACUUAGCUUGUUAAAAGAUACUAUAAAAUAUUUAAAUAAUCAAAUUUUACUUUUAAAUAAAGAAAAAUUAUAUUUACAAAUUAAUUAUCUAGAAAAACAAAAAGAGUUAGAAAAUUUAAUAGCAAACUAUAAAAAUAUUUUUAAUCAGAUCAAGCAAAACAUUCAAAACUAUCCAUUUGUUUUAUAUUUAUUGGAAGUAUUAGAUGAAACAACAAGUUUGAAAAAUCAGACAAAUCCUCAAGAAGCUAAAGAUAGUGCAGAUAAAGGGGAUCCACAGUUUUCAUUCCAAACAAGUAAAAAUAAAAACGAAGAAAUGGGCUCCGAAAAAAUAAAAAACAACAUAAACAAUUCAAAUAUUGUAGUUAACUUUUCCAAUUUUACAAAUCCAAUUUUUGAUGAACAAAAUAAAAAUCUAACCAAUCCGACCCUAAACGAUUUAAUUAACGAUCCCUAUAAUUAUUAA